AUGGAGAGAAGCUCGGGAAAACUCACCCCGGGAGCUGACGUCACUCCAUCCAAGCAUCUGGCAAUUCAUUUCCCUAUUGGUAUCUGGCGUGAAACAAUUUCCUGCAUGGAAGGCCAUGCUUUCCUCUAUGUCCUGAUGCGCCUGCACUUCGCCAAAAAAGAAACCUCCGCAGACCCGUCCUUAUGGUCCUUCAUAUAUCAAAAGGUCCCUGCUCCGACGUGUCCGCCUGAAGAGCUCUCGUCGCUGUCCCCCGACCGCCUUCCGUUCCCAAUAGGCCUGGUAUCAGAGGAUAAGGUGGACGAGCUCCUGCUCAGAGACGACGGCGAAGCAGGGACAGAUGAAUUCGGUGUGGUGCCUUGUGAUGAUCCAGCAGAGCCCUUGAACGCUGCCGCCGCAGCGGCCGGAUUGCAGUGA